UCCCGCCAAAUACAAUCGCGAGCGCUCAGCGCACUAUACGUGCAAGUAGAACCGUAACCGGACUUGGGGUAAUAUCGGGCGCUCACAAGGUUGAGCACAAUAGUUGCCUGUUUUGUCUUAAGGAGUUAAAACAAACGCCGGCGCUGAGCGUAGUAGGGAGCCUGGUUGUGACCAGGAGAUCCAGGCUCGCGAGCGGAGGAUGCCGGUUAAAGGAGUACAGGGGGAAGGGGUAGAGACCCGGGAUAAGAAGACCAAGGGCUCGGCAGCUAUGAAAGCAUCAUCCAGAGCUGCUCCAAAGAAGAUGGUUCAAGCUCAAUUACCUUUCAAACGAUUGAAUCCUGUUCCUAAGGAGAAUGGUACGUUCGAAGAGAAGAAAAUAAAAGGAACACAGAAUUUGUCACCAGACAGCAGCAGUUUGCAUGCGCUGAAUUCCUCUAGAGAAGACUUGGAGAAUGAUGAUCAGAUGGAUACUGAGGAACUACUUCCACUUCCAAAAGCUGUCAAUGGGAAAGGACCAUUGGAUCACUAUCUCAAGAAGGCUUCCAAAGAUGUAUGUCCUGUUAUUGACCUUACUGAGGAUUCAAAUUCUGGCAUCCCUGACAAUAAACUGCCAAAUGGUGAGAUCCAAACUCAACUUCAAAAUGGGUCUUUCUCGUCGGAGAGUGGUCCACCAAGCCCUCUGCCAUCCACAGAUCAGUGUAAUACUUCUAUGGAAACUGAAACUCAAGAGAAAGAGGACAAUUGUAAACUAAAAGAGCAGAACUCUGAUUAUCAUGCAUCUAGAGUUACCUGUAGCCCUAAGUUGCCUGUUACAGAUAUGGAGGACAAUACAGCUUUAAAACUGUCUCCACAGAAAGACUCUUCUGCAGAGGAAGAAUCUUCUGCACCCUCGUCCACUAGUUCCCCAGUUUCAGCAGUCAGCUCUCCUGAAGCCCACUCUGGUCUUCAAGAAGAAGAUUGUACCAGCCCUUCUUGUCUUACCACACCAGUGCGUAAAGUUACUGUACAAAACAGUUCUACGGAAAAGAAAAAUCCAAGAAGCAAAGAACAUGAUGAGAAAAGGAGGAAGCUGCAGGCUGAGAAGCAGGAGAGAGAGAAGACAAGAGAGGAGGCUAAGGUUGCUAAGGAACGUGCAAAGGAAGAAGCAAAGAAAAAAAGAGAUGAAGAAAAAGAAAUGAAGGAGAAGGAGAGAAAGGAGAAAAAGGAGAAAGAGGACAGAGAGAAGGCAGAGAAACUGCGGUUGAAGGAGGAAAAGAAAAAGGAGAAGCUGGAGGCCAUUGAGUAA